GCCUCCUAGAGAGGCGUGGGAAUUUUGUUGGGGGGGAGGAGAAGGAGGCGUUUAGGGGAGAGGGUGCUGCUUCCUUUUCCUUUCCUGCAACUAGAAGCUGCACUUUGAAAUUCUCAGCAGAGGGCAAGAGGGAUAGUAGCUGGAUGCAACAGAGACAGGCUUCUUAGUGCCUUUUCUAGUUUGGGGGAUUUCUAGCAGAAGAUCUUUCCUCUCUGCCCUUGGAGGGCUGUGAAGCUGCCUCUGCUGGUGCAUUUCUUCCUUCUGUGCUGCUCUCCCAUGAAAGUUCAGCUACUUGAAAAAGAUACAGCGUGGGAAAUCAAUAUGGUUUGGUGUUCUUUAGAAAAUUGAAUAUGAAGGUAAAAUGCCAGAGAAGGGGACACAAUCACCUUCGACAUAGCCCCUGUUCUGUCAGGAGACGGAUCCUUCAAAACCUCGCCAUCUCCCUCUGAUCAACCUGACAAAAUUGCCAGAGACUUGUUGUGGGACUCUUCCACCACCUAUGCAGAAAAAGGCUGGGGUUAUGAUAAGAAGGAGAGCCAGCUGGGCUGAGCAAAGAGCAAAAUGGCCUCAGAAGAAGGUGCGGUGGCCAUCACAGGUCUCCAGUUUGAAGGCGUGACGGAGAAGGGAGUGAAAACAGAAGAGCUGGAUGUUUCAGGUCCUGCACCGUCACGGGGUCCAAAGCGAUCCAGAAAAUCCUCUCACGUUGCCCAUUCCGGAACCAUUGGGGAAUGUCUGAGCUGGGCAGCCGCAAAACAGGCCGACCGUGAGCCUGACGAUGGGUUGCUGUCACAGUGCUGGGAAGCCCAGUGGCAGGAGUUCCUCAAGACGGUUCAGUCUCCGUAUUCAGGCUGGAGCAAUUCACAGUUCUCAGGAACCACCACCUUUCUGGCUCCAUCAGAGACAUCUCCCGGCAUCUACCAGGGGCCCACACAAGAGGCAGCGAGCGGACUCCUUUUGGGACUGAGAGAGGGCUCCCCAAAGACAGAUCUGAAUGCGAAUCCUGGAGGGAAGGCAGAUUUUGGAGGCGUGAAGGGAGAGAUUGUGGAUGAGCAGGCCCUCGGGGUCGAAGUGCAGCGGCAGCGCUUCCGGUGGUUCUGCUACCAGGAGGCGGAGGGGCCUCGGGAGGUUUGUAUCCGGCUGCAGGAACUCUGCCUGCGGUGGCUGAGGCCGGAGAUGCACACCAAAGAGCGGAUUGUGGAGCUGAUCAUCUUGGAACAGUUCUUGGCCAUCCUGCCGGGGGAAAUCCAGAGUUGGGUUGGGGAAGGCAGCCCAGAGACCUGCGCCCAGGCGGUGGCCCUGGCGGAAGAUUUCCUGCUGAGGCAGCGAGAAGCCGAGAGAUGGCAGCAAGAGGUGCUGGGAGAAUUCGAGGAGGUGGCCAUGAGUUUCUCUCGAGAAGAUGAGGCUCCUUCAGGCACUGAGGAGAGGCAGCCCUCAAGAGAGAUCAAGCAGGAGGGGACCAGCUUGCUGGCAGAUGAUGAGUGGGAGAGUGAAAACGAAGGAACUUCAUUUGAGAUGCCGUUGGAAAGAAUCACACCUCGGGACCCAGAAGAAAACUUUGGGAAUCCAGAUGGACCAAGGUGGGAGGAGAGAAGCCAAAUCGAUAAGCGAAAGAGUAAAUCUAUGCUUUGUCAGAGUGGUGACUCCGACGAAAUUGCAGUCCAGCAAAGGAUAUAUGCUGGAAAGAGGAGGCAUGUGUGCAAUAUGUGUGGGAAAGCCUUUACACAGAAAUCAAAUCUAAAUAGACACCAGAGAACCCACAUGGGAGAAAAAAAGUUCCAUUGCUUUAAAUGUGGGAAAAGCUUUAACUGGGAAACUAGCUUUAUUAGACACCAGAGAUUCCACACCGGUGAGAAGCCUUAUCCGUGCACAGACUGUGGGAAGAGCUUUAGUCGGAGUGCAAACCUUAUCAUCCAUCAGAGAAUUCACACAGGAGAGAAACCACAUCAGUGCAUAGACUGUGGACAAAGCUUUAGUCAAAUCUCCAAUCUUGUUAGACACCACAGAGUCCACACAGGAGAGAAGCCGUAUAAAUGUUUGGAGUGUGGAAAGAGUUUCACUCAGAAAUCCAACCUUAUCAAACAUCAGAGUGUCCACUUGAGCGACAAACCAUAUAGGCGCUCAGUGUAUGGGAAAAGAUUCAGUCAGAGGCCAGGCCGCAAUAGACUUGAGAAAAUCCACCUGGGAGAAAAUCCAUGUAAAUGCUUUAAAUGUGGGAAGAUCUUUUCCCGAAAAGGGAACCUUCUUCGACAUCAGAGCAUCCACACGAAAGAUAAACCACAUAAAUGCUCAGAAUGUGGGAAAAGAUUCAACCAGAGGACAAACCUUAAUGCUCACCAGAGGAUCCAUACAGGAGAGAAACCUUAUAAGUGUCCAGACUGUGGGAAAAGCUUUAGGUGGCGGGCGCACCUGAUCAUACACAAAAGAUUGCACACAGGGGAGAAACCGCACAAAUGCACUGACUGCGGGCAGAGCUUUAGCCAGAGAUCUAAUCUUGUGAGGCACCAGAGAAUCCACACAGGAGAGAAACCAUACAAAUGCUCAGACUGUGAGAAGAGCUUUGGUCAAAAAUCAAACCUCAUUAAACAUCAGAGGAUUCACACAGGAGAUAAUACAUUCAAUCAGAGACCAAACCGUAUUAGGCACGAGCGAAUUCUCACUGGAGAAAACCCAUAUAAAUGUUUCAGGUGUGGGAAAAUAUUUUCCCGGAGAGGGAAUCUUCUUCGACAUCAGAGCAUCCACACCAGAGAGAAGCCGCACAAGUGCUCAGAUUGUGGGAAAAGGUUCAAUCAGAGAACAAACCUCAUCAGCCAUCAGAGAAUUCACACAGGUGAGAAACCUUUCAAAUGUUUGGACUGCGGAAAGAGCUUCCGUCAGAGUCCGCACCUUAUUAAACAUCAGAAGAUCCAUGCAGAAGAGAAGACAUCACACAUAAGUUUGGAUUAUGGGGAAAGGAUCAGUCAGGGGUUGAACUGUAGUAGACGCGAAAGAAUUCACAUGGGAGAAAACCCAUAUGAAUGCCCUAAGUGUGGGAAAAUCUUUAACUGGAGAUCAAACUUUAUCAGGCAUCAGAAGAUCCAUGCUAGUGAGGAGCUGCUUAAAUGCUCAGCCUGUGGAAAGAGAUUCAAUCGGAGAAAAAACCUCAUUGCCCACCAGAGAAUCCACAUGAGAGAGAAACCCUACAAAUGUACAGACUGUGGGCAAAGCUUCACAUGGGAAGCACACCUUGUCAUCCAUCAAAGAAUCCACACAGGAGAGAAGCCUCAUACAUGCACAGAGUGUGGCCAGAGCUUCAGUCAGAGAUCCAACCUUAUCAGACAUCAGAGAGUUCACACAGGCGAAAAGCCCUACCAGUGCUUGGACUGUGGUCAGAGUUUCAGUCAAAGAACACACUUGGUUGUACACCAGAGAAUCCACACAGGGGAGAAACCACACAGGUGCUCUGAGUGCGGGCAAGGCUUCAGUCAAAGGGCACAUCUUAUUGUGCACCAGAGAAUCCACACAGGAGAGAAGCCACACAGGUGCACAGACUGUGGGCAAGGCUUCUGCCAGAGAUCCAACCUGAUUAGGCAUCAGAGAACCCAUGCUUGUGAGAAGCAAAAAUAAGAGGUGUUGAUUUUGGAGGGAAACAUUCCUUUGUCACUCAUCCCAUCUCUCCAUCAGCCAAAGAUAUGUGGUGGGAAGAACUAUGAAAGUUUGUACUGUGAGGAAAGCUCAGUUGAAUGUAAAGCUUUCUCCUAUGAAACGACUUACUGAAGACAGGACCCAAACUAUGUGUCCACUACCAGCAGUCAGAGAGAGUGUCCUUGGUGCAUACUCUAGGCCAAGGGUGGGCAGACUUAAGGCUUCCGGGAACCUUUUUUUUGGGGGGGGGGGGCAGAACCCUGAGAACUACCAUCAUGAAAUAGUGGCUUUGAGGAGGCAGAAGCAGUCACAAAAUGGCAGCUUAUACAAAAGCUUACACUGACAGGAUUUUAACAUCCAAACUGGUGAAUUCCAGGGGACCUUUGGAGGCGAGCAAGAGAGACUCUUUUCUGUUGGUGGGGAGAAACUGGAGAUAACGUAAAAGCAACCCUGAGUACCCAAAGAAAAAAAGAUGGAUGCCCGACCAUGCCUCCACACAGCCAGCCAAACAGAUUGUCAGUAUUGUCUAGAAGGGAAGAGAAGCAGGCCCAAAGGCCUGGAGAGCUACUUCAGACAAACCCGGGAGCUACCAACAGCUCCUGAACUACCGAAUGCCCGCACUUCUGUAGGCUAGGCCUGGAAUGCUCCAAGUUGGAAUCCUUAAUUCUGCCCUCUCUGUUGGCUUCCUCAUCUUCAGUUCAAGCUUCUAGAACUUGCUCUUUGCUCUAUUGGCACUCGAGUCCUAGUAAAGCCUAAGAUUUCCAUCUCCUGCCUCCAUCAUUUCCUAUCCCUGGAAUGUCCUGUCCCUGAUGUCCAGGUCUCCCCUAUGUUCUUGCAGCUUCUCAAAACUGGGCUUCUCCAUUCCCUUUACCCCUCCUUGCAAUUCCCCACUAACAUGUCCUUCCUUUCCUAGACUGUAAGCCUGUGGGCAGGGCUUUUCUUCUCCUUGACUCAAUGUACACAGCACCUAGCACAUGUAGGCGCUUUAUAAAUCACAACAAUAAACACAUUUUAAAUGCUUAGAA